CACGCAUGCGCGCGUUCCAGAAAUGCCUAGAGAGACAGACAAGAAGUAAAAGAAGGCUGCCGACUGACUCAAGCCAAAGCAGGUGAUGCAGUUGCAGUUGAUUGAAAACAACGAGUUUGUGCCGAAUUCGGAUGAGAUGUGCCAGCUGAAGAGAUGCUGAAGCGUGCUCUGGAGGCGAGCGGUCGCGGACAUAAUGCAGCGGCGGCGGCGUGACUCACACGAAAAACGCUCGCUGCUCGGCUGAUGCAUCUGUCCUGUUAUCGACGCGCCACCGACCGACUGAGAGACUGAGAAGCCAGAAGCAGAGAUGCUGGACCCGCUGUCGCCCACCUUCACAGUCGACGUGCUCGCCCUCGGCAUCAUCAUAGGAUGGCUUUUCGUCUGGUCCAUGCAUCUCAUCGCCAUCAUCUACGGCAAAUAUCGGUUGCACCGCAAAGUGGUGAAAUUCCCGGCCGAGCACCCGUAUCCCGGCGUGUCGAUAUUAAAGCCCUUGAUGGGAGUUGACCCGCACCUCCUGGGGAAUCUCGAGACCUUUUUCACUCUCAACUAUCCCAAGUUCGAGCUGCUGAUAUGCGUGGAAGACGAGAGCGACCCAGCAAUCAUGAUUGCCAAGAGUCUGAUUGAGAAAUACCCGGGCGUGAAUGCGCGUCUCUUUAUUGGUGGAGAAGAUGUAGGCGUCAAUCCCAAAAUCAACAACAUGCAGCCAGGCUAUGCAGCGGCGAAAUACGAAUUAAUCAUGAUCUCAGACAGUGGAAUCCGAGUCAAGGAGGACACUUUGUUGGAUAUGGUCAGCUACAUGCGAGAUGACAUUGCACUUGUUCACCAAAUGCCGUUCACUUACGACAGAGACGGCUUUGCAGCUACUUUUGAAAAGAUUUACUUUGGAACAAUCCAGUCGCGCAUUUACCUGUCGGCCGAGUUCUUCUCGAUCAUCUGCCACACGGGCAUGUCUACGCUGAUGCGCAAGAAGCUGAUCGACGAGGUGGGCGGCAUCCGCUCGUUCGGCUGCUACCUCGCUGAAGACUACUUCUUCGCCAAGUCGCUGCGGGACCGCGGCUGGAAGUCGUGCAUCAGCAGCCAGCCCGCCCUCCAGAACUCGGGCGUCUGCGACCUUUCCAGUUUCCAAAAGAGAUUAUCCAGAUGGGUGAAGCUGCGAGUGGCCAUGGUACCGUUCACGAUGAUCCUGGAGCCUCUGUCCGAGUGCCUCAUCCUCGGUGCCAUCGCAGCGAUGUCGGCCAAUUACCUCUUCAAGUGGGACUUUACUGUGUUUUAUCUAGUUCACGUGCUCGCUUGGUUCCUCCUUGAUUGGAUUCUACUUUGCACUGUUCAGGCUGGUUCUGUUCCGUUCAGCAAAUUCGCCUUUGCAAUUGGCUGGCUCUUCCGCGAGAUCAGUGGGCCGUACCUGUUUGUGUGCGCCGUGAUGGACCAGACGAUCCAGUGGCGCACCAGGACUUUCCGGCUGCACUGGGGCGGCAUCGCCGAGGAGAUCAAGCCGAAAAUCAAACUGUAAAAAUAAUACAAGUGCAUAUCCUGCUGUAUGCAACGAAAGAGUGUGUCUCUUAUUGGACGCUGAAAGUGAAAGCGCCGAGACUCCGAAGCGGAAGUUAAUUAUUGCAGCUGUCCGUCCUACUACUUGAAAUCACAAUCGGGCAGUUGAGUGCUGUUGAAAACAUGGACCAACAAUUUUUUACACACAAAAGAAAAAAAGAAUUCAAAAUGCAUUUUUACUCGAGCUGUACCAGAGACUACAUUAGUGCGUUGUGUGAUUUACGGCUUGCGAGUCACGAUUAUUAUAUUUAAUUAAUUUGUCCAAGAUCCCGACGAUUCUGAUGUGUGUGCGUGUGCAGUUCCACGUGUGGUCAACCAUCCGACUGUUGCAAACCUACAGGCACGGGAAUGGAUUUCCAACGCCCUGAGCCGAGAAUUAAUUAUUCGAAUUAAAAACGAAAAUAUCCACUGAUUACACUUGGAAUCGCAGUUGAGCAAAGUUGAGCGGUUUGUGUGAUAAAAUGAGACAUGACAAAAGAGGUCCUCAGCUAAAGCAUGUCAUUGCAUGAUUUCUCUGUAGUAAUUAUUAUUUUAUUCUUUACCCAAGACUGCUUACAUAUGUCAUACACUAUGUCCGGUGAUUUGUUUGAUAUUGGAAAUCCUUUAAUUUCUGCUUUUUUGCAACAGUUUUUACAAUAAAACAAAUCGUUUCCCACCAUAAAGAA